GGGGGGGGCGUGGCCUCCGCGUGCGAGGCUAUAUAAGGGCGCGGCGGGGCCCCGCCCCUUCCAGGUGCAAGAUGGCGGCGCUGAGGGCGGUGGGGUCGGCGCUGCUGCGGCCGGGCCGCGGGGCGGAGGCGGCCAGGCUGGGCUACCACAAGAAGGUGGUGGAUCACUACGAGAACCCGCGCAAUGUCGGCUCCCUCGACCGCAACGCCAAGAACGUGGGCACCGGCCUGGUGGGCGCCCCGGCGUGUGGAGAUGUCAUGAAGCUGCAGGUGGAAGUGGAUGAGAACGGGAGGAUCGUGGACGCCCGUUUCAAAACCUUCGGUUGUGGCUCAGCGAUUGCAUCGAGUUCACUGGCAACCGAGUGGGUCAAAGGGAAAACGGUUGAUGAAGCAUUGAAAAUCAAGAACACGGAUAUUGCUAAAGAGCUCUGCCUUCCUCCUGUCAAACUGCACUGCUCCAUGCUGGCUGAAGAUGCCAUCAAGGCUGCCUUGGCCGACUACAAGUUGAAGCAGGAUUCAAAGAAAGAAGUGUCAGAGAAGAAAGCAAACAACGCCUGAACUGACUGUGAAGCUUGUUCUCGUUCCACUUCCUUUUGCAGUGCAAUUACUUUAGAUUAGUAGGAUCUUGCUCACUACUAAAGCAAGCUGUAAGAUACGCACAACUUACGCACAACGUGUCGCUGGAGGUGUGUGGACGGCCACUCUUGUGCUCGCACGAUGGAGGUGGGGGGUUCAGCAGCCUCUCUCCUGUCACAGCUCCCUUUGGGGGAGUGAAGAAGGCUGCUCACCCCGGAGGGAAAUUCCUCCUGUUCUGGUACUCGAAGGGCUGCACUUUUUCCUUUGGAAGAUGUAGAGUUUUCUUAAUAUUUCACUGGAAUUAAUGGGAAACGUUGCCUUGGUCUUAUUCUUUCUGUAAGAACUGGAGGUCUGUGUGUACAAACACGGGGUGGUUCAUCUGCCACAGACUA